UACCAUAGCGUCGGACGCGUCGCGCGCGCCGCUCCCCAUGUCCGCCGGCUCCCGCGCAGAGUCGCCCGCGGGCCAGCCGAGCAAGCCGCCCGCGUGGCCCGCGGGGGACGGCAGGCCGCGAGCGGCCAGGCCAGACGAGGUCCUGCAGUGGGAGGAGCGGGCAGCCGCGCCGGCGCGCGAGGCUGGCCAGAGCGAGAGCAUCCAGGUCGCGGUCCGCUUCCGGCCCCUCAGCGCUCGGGAGGUUGAGUCGGGCAGUGCCGCCGAUACUAGUACGUGCGUGAAGUUCGGCCAGGACGGACAGUCUUGCACGUUGCGAACAAACACGCUGACUGGUCCUGUAGACCGGGCCUUUGGCUUCGACCAGGUGCUGCGACCGGAGGCGAGCCAGGCCGAGGUGUACGAUGCAGUCGCCGCCCGCAUCGUGAACGGAGUCCUCGAGGGCUACAAUGGCGCCAUCCUGGCCUACGGGCAGACUGGCUCGGGCAAGACUCACACAAUGCUGGGCCCGGAUGGUGCCAGCGCGCUGCGCCGAGAGGCCGAGGUUUAUCCUGGCAGGGCCUCGACUGAUCUCUGCCUCAGCUUUCUGGGGCCUUUGCCGGUGCGUCCCGACCACCUGGGCAUCGUUCCCAGGGCCUUGCAGGCCCUCCUGGAGCACGCCAGCGUGCUCCAGGCCGAAAGUUGCCCGAGCGACAGGGCUGCCGAGGGCCCUGUGCGGCUGCGCGCCUCGUUCGUUGAGAUCUACAACGAGUCCGUGUUCGACCUGCUGUCUCCAUCUCGCCACGAGGGACGGGGCUCCGAGGGAGGACCGAUCUUCCUCGGGGCUCCCUUCCCUCACGGCAUAUCUGCUGGGGGGUCCACCGUCCAGGCGGCGAUGCGCGAGCAUUCUGGAGCGCUGCACCUGCCCGAAGUCACGGAGACGCCCAUCGCGUCCGUGCGCGACGCCAUGGAUGCUAUGCGCCUGGGGAACCGCAACAGGCACCAGGCAGAGACCAAGAUGAACCGUCAUUCCUCCCGUAGCCAUGCCGUGUUCAUCGUCUCCGUGAUUAAUAGCACCGACAAGGCCCGCCAGAAGUUUGCACAGCUAUAUCUCGUGGACCUGGCCGGCAGCGAGCGAGUCAAGCGGACAGGCGUGGCUGGACAGCAGCUGGAGGAGGCGAAGAGCAUCAACAGGAGCUUGCUGUCGCUGGGCCAGGUGAUUUGGGCUCUUGCCCACAAGCAGAUCCACGUGCCCUACCGCGACUCCAAGCUCACCCAGUUGCUGCGAAACUGCCUCGGCGGCAACGGGCGCACCGCCGUGGUCGUCGCCGCGUCGCCUGCCCCGGACGACGCAGAGGAGACGCUGAGCGCCCUGCGAUUCGGUGCCCGCGCCUCCCUCGUGGAGGUCACGGCCUACGAGAACGUCGCCGAGGACGCGCGCCAGCUGAAGCGCCUGCUCGAGAGCGCGCGCCAGGACCUCAACGAGCUGCGCGGGCACUGCCGGCGCCUGGAGGCCGAGCUGGCCGCCGCGGCCGCCGCUGACGCCGCCGCGCUCGACGGCCUGGGGCUGCCCGCGGAGGGGGGCGAGCCCGCGCGGCCCGAUGCGGCCAGGCGGCUGCUGGUGCGGGGCCUGCUGCCGUCGCUCGUGUGCCCGCUGGCGCGGGCGGUGAUGUGGGACCCGGUGGUCGCGGCCGACGGCUGGACGUACGAGCGGGCCGCGAUCGAGCGGCUGCUCCGCGCCCCCGGGCGCGCUGCACCGAGGUCGCCGGUGACGGGGCAGCGCCUGGGGGGCCGCGCGCUGGUGCAGAACCUGGUGGUGAAGCAGCUGGUGUCUCUGUACCUGCCGGACCUGCCACCGCCGCGGGCGCCGCUGCCCGCGGUGAGGCUGCUGGCCCCGGAGCUGGCCCAGCUGCUGCUGUCGUUCCUCGACGCGCGGUCUCUUGCCGCGUGCGAGGCGAGCUGGCCCUCCUUCCUGGACGCCUCGAACUGCUCGGCCGCCUGGGCGCGCCUGCUGGCGCUCGACUUCCCCGGCGCCGCGGAGGCCGAGCAGCCGCAGGGCGAGCAGCCGCAGGGCCGCAGGCUCUACGCUCACCUGGCGGCGACGGGGCCUCGGUCGGCAGGCCCCAGGAGUCCGGCUCCAGCGUCCAAGGGGUUGGUGCUGCGACGAGGCCGCCCGGAUUCUUGCCCAGCCUCCUGCUGAUGUCGCGGAGCUCCAUCGGGGGCCUCGAGGUCAGCACCAGCACCGAUACGUGCGGUGUGCCCCCCCGAGCGAAGAGCUCCCGGCCAUCCAUCCUCUGAGAUGAGCGAGCUGCCCCAUCAUACGAGAUCGAGAGCACCAGCAUGCACGCGACCACUAAGCCUGAUCGUGCAUGGUGUUGUGGAGCCUCGCUGGAGGUUUGUACAGCUGCCUCGGCAGGAAAACGCCAUGCUCCGGCUCAGAUUUGAACCUUGCCAGCUUGCUCACCGUCGCAGAAGUAGAGGAACGACAGGAAAACAAGGGUGCCCGACAUUGUUUGCAAUUCGGGAAGGCUCGUGGGCCGACUGGACGCAAUGAAUUGCAGUGGUACCCCGUAUGGUUCCCGAGCCGCUGCAGCAGAAUCACAGCCACAUCAAUAAUUAAUACUAUUGAGGGAGAUUUUUUGCGAGAGCUCCCGUUUGCCCGUACCUGGUUUCCGCAGCUUCGCCCAGGUCGGGCGACGAUAAUUACACGCCGGUCGUUGAAGGUAGGUACUUUUGGAUCCCCCGAUACCACUAUUGUUUUAGCCGCCUUCCUAC